AAGCCAGACGGAGACGGAGCAGGUGAAAGUAGCCAUGAAUUUCAGAAGCGGGACAGACUUGGCCUGACCCUGAAGCUUGAAGCUCCUUCUUCAGCUCUCAAGCUCAGAGCUUUCCCGGCUCUUUGGAAACCCAUCUCUUUGGUUUCAAAUGACGAUAGGCUCCAUCUUCAGCAAAGCUGCCAGGACUUUCCAUACCUACCCUUCUCCUUCUAAGCUUCUCCUCAUCUGCACUCUCAGUGGUGGAGGUGUGGUGGCAUACUCAGAAUUACAAUCUGAUUCUGGACCUCCAAGAAUUGAAUCUAAUGCCAAGGAAAAGAGGGUAGUGGUUCUUGGAACAGGAUGGGCUGGUACCAGUUUCCUUAAGGAUCUGGAUGCUUCAAUAUAUGAUGUUCAGGUUGUCCCUCGCAACUACUUUGCAUUCACUCCCUUAUUACCCAGUGUCACUUGUGGGACAGUUGAAGCGAGGAGCAUUGUGGAGCCAGUUCGAAACAUCAUAAAAAAGAGAAAAGGAGAAAUUAAAUUUUGGGAGGCAGAGUGUGUCAAGAUUGAUGCUGCAAACAAAAAGUUUUUUGUCGAUCCAAUAUUGAUGCCAACUAGCGGGAAGUGGGAAUUUUCUCUGGAAUAUGACUUUUUGGUUGUAGCAGCUGGAGCACAAGCGAAUACGUUUAAUACCCCAGGUGUCAAGGAGAACUGUCAUUUUUUAAAGGAGGUGGAGGAUGCUCAAAGGAUCAGAACGUCUGUGAUAGAUUGCUUUGAGAAGGCCAUUCUUCCUAGUUUAACUGAGGAAGAGCGACGAACAAAUCUUCAUUUUGUAAUUGUUGGGGGUGGUCCAACUGGUGUGGAAUUUGCUGCUGAGCUUCAUGAUUAUGUCCAUGAAGAUCUAUCUAAAUUAUACCCAAUGACUAAAGAUAUGGUGAAAAUAACAAUGAUCCAAUCGGGAGAUCACAUCUUGAACACGUUUGAUGAAAGAAUCAGUGCAUUUGCUGAGCAGAAAUUCAGGAGAGAUGGUAUAGAAGUUCAAACAGGACGCCGAGUUAUCAAUGUUACUGACAAGGAAAUUAAAAUGAAGAUAAAAUCUACUGGAGAGGUUUGCUCAAUACCUCAUGGAUUGGUAGUCUGGUCCACUGGCAUUGGGACUCUUCCAGUUGUGCGGGAUUUCAUGAAACAAAUUAAUCAGGCUAAUAGAAAGGUCCUGCAGACUGAUGAAUGGUUACGUGUGAUAGGAUGUGAAGCUGUGUACGCUAUUGGGGACUGUGCUUCAAUACAUCAACGUAAAAUCAUGGAUGACAUCUCAACCAUAUUCAAAGCUGCGGACAAGGACAACUCUGGCACCUUAACAAUUAAAGAAUUCAAGGAUUUAAUGGAUGACAUCAUCUUGAGAUAUCCCCAAGUGGAACUGUAUCUGAAGAGCAAGCAUAUGCUUGAUGUGGCUGAUCUGUGGAAAGAUCCUCAGGGGAAUGAGAGAGAAGCAAUAGACAUAGAAGGGUUUAAGUCAGCCCUUGGUCAUGUGGAUUCGCAGAUGAAGAGUCUGCCAGCAACAGCACAGGUUGCUGCCCAACAAGGUGCAUAUCUAGCUGCCUGCUUUAACCGCAUGGAGCAAUGCACUGCGAUUCCUGAAGGUCCAAUGAGAUUUAGAGAAUCCGGACGCCAUAAGUUUCGUCCCUUCAGGUACAAGCAUUUUGGUCAAUUUGCUCCUCUUGGCGGAGAGCAGGCAGCAGCAGAACUUCCUGGAGACUGGGUUUCAAUGGGUCACAGCACUCAAUGGCUUUGGUACUCUGUAUAUGCGAGCAAGCAAGUGAGCUGGCGCACAAGGGUACUGGUGAUAUCUGAUUGGACAAGAAGAUUCAUCUUUGGAAGAGAUUCAAGUCGUAUCUGAGUCAACAACUUAACGAGCUCCGUGAUCUUUUAAGGUGCUCUGUAUCUUUGUGUUUGAGAGUACCUGUUGACCUGCAUAUGUCAUGCUGUAAUCAAGGCAUUUAAAACGCAGAAGCUACAAUUUUUUUUUUUGGCGCUCCUAUCCUUUAUUUAUUACUCACAGUAUGAGAAUGUAAUUCAAUGCUUUGAUGCCUCUCCCCCUCUAUUGCUGUUUGUUAUUAUAUUGCUCCUAUGAUUCUUGACUUGUGAUCA